GCUCUCUAGUCCGCCACCCAUCCACGGCCUCCGCCAUCGAUCGUCGCCGUGGUUCAAACCCUAGACCUCAUCGUCUCCGAUCUUUCUCUCUAAUGCUAUUUCCCUUCAUCUCAAUCCGAUCUUGAAGAGGUUUCUCUCCGUUUUUUGUUCUCCGGCUGUGUUUUUUUCGGCGGCCGGUGAUGUCUAGCGGCGUCUCUACCGUGUAUAUCCAUGUGAUCGAUGAUGUCGUGAAUAAGGUUCGUGAGGAGUUCAUCAAUUCAGGCGCUGGCGAGUCGGUGUUGAAUGAACUCCAAGCGUCGUGGGAGAUGAAGAUGGUGCAGUGCGGGGUUCUGUCUGGGAUUAUAGAGCGGCAAUCGAUUCCCAGGCCUGGUGGUGCUAUUACCCCGGUGCAUGAUCUGAAUAUGCCCUAUGAAGGCCCUCCGGAGGAGUACGAGACUCCUACUGCUGAGAUGCUUUUUCCGCCGACUCCGUUGCAGACUCCCAUGCAAACCCCACUGCCGGGAUUGGCUCAGACUCCAUUGCCGGGAAUGGUCCAGACUCCAUUGCCGGGAAUGCCUCAGACUCCUUUGCCAGGGAUAAUGGAUCAGUAUAACAUCCGUACAGGCUCUUCUGAUUAUGGUUCUGUUAGUGAUGACCGGAAUGGUCUUGAUCCAGAGGCUGGAAAACCUAGUCCUUUCAUGCAGCCACCUUCUCCAUGGAUGAAUCAGAGGUCUUUGGGUGUUGAUGUUAAUGUGGCUUAUGUUGAAGCCCGUGAGGAGUUGGAGAGAGGAGCUGCUCAUCCAAGCAUGACUCAGGACUUCCUUACAAUAUCUGGCAAACGUAAACGAGAUGAUUAUGCUUCUCAGUUGAAUUCUAAGGGCCAUAUUCCACAACAAGAUGGAAGUGGAGAUGCCACAAUAGAAUUUUUUCUUCCUGAGACAACUGGAACCCCGAAUUCCGCCAAUCAUGGUAGACUAAAUACCACUGCUAAAGCUCUAUAUGGUCAAGGGGAUAAAACUGUGCAAGCUGUUCCUCAGCAGGAUGGGGUACAUGAUGAAUAUGAUGAUAUGUUCCAUUAUCAAGGAGUUGCCAGUGAAGAUUAUAAUACUCCUUCAGAACAUGUUGAGUUACGAGCUGCGACUCCUGUUGUUGGCACACCAAAACCAACUAAAAGUGAAGCCGUGGAGGAUGAUGAGCCUCCUCUGAAUGAAGAUGACGAUGAUGACGAAGAUCUAGAAGAGGAUGAGCGGGGAGAAGACGAGCCAACUACACAACAUUUAGUUCUUGCUCAGUUUGACAAGGUCUCUAGGACUAAAAGCAGAUGGAAAUGCACUCUCAAAGAUGGAAUAAUGCAUAUCAAUGGCAGGGAUAUCCUUUUCAAUAAGGCGAACGGAGAAUUUGAUUUUUGAGAGUAUGACUUUCGCGGGAAGUUCAUGAUCGACUUACUCAGACUGAGGGAAGAAAAGCACUUGCUGUUGAGUUGUUGCUGGAAAAAAAAACCUUCUCACUGAGUAAUUUUCAGCAUUGCCCAUUUUCUUUAUGAAAGAUCUCAAUCUAAAUGGACUUUGUAAAUUGUUUUCCCUAUUAUGUUCUUAACUGCUGCAUUGAUUUGUAAAUUUUGCAUCUCAUAUUUCUUUAUUAAAAAAAAAA